AUGGGACGGGUGGAACUUGAACCCAUGGCCUGUUUUGAGGCCAUUUUGAAAAUUCAUUGUCCAGUUUUAUCCGCCUUAAUAAGAAAUGAAGGAGGUGUUAUGUUUUCUACUUCAGAUGAUGCAAAAGAGGUGAUCAAAGAAGCUUUUAAUGAUCUUAUUGCACCCAGGAGUCCACAACAACAAGUUUGUGCAGUAGAAAAGCUUGUGGCAGCAGCAUCAGGUUGUGAAGAAUCAGCUAAGAUGUGCAUCAAAGUGCUAGUGUCAGCAUUGUUGCAGUUGCAGCCAAAAGUGCAACUAAGAAACAAGAUAAUGAAGUCCCUUCCCUUCAUUGGUGAGGAGUUCCCAGAGUGUUACUUAGAGACUGUUAUGAAUGUUCUCAUGUGUGCCCUAACAUAUGACAACAACAACCUCAGUGUGUUGGUGCAGGCCAUUUCUCUCCUGGUCGAAGAUUCUGGUGCUUUACUCUCUAAAUACAGACAACGUGAAGAUAAUAAAGACCAAACUGAUGAAUUAAAUGAGACCAGAGAGAAUAUCUUGAUAGAGCUCCAUCCCAGGAUUGUUCAGGCCAUUCUGAAAGGAAUAACACUCUUCUGGAGCAGAGGAUUCAAGGAGGCUUCAUCAUCAAUAGAAGCUUGUGCAGUGUUGCAGCAGAUGCAGCAACUGAUGAAGAGCACCACUAUGUACUUGCAGCAGCACCACACUCACCUGUCACAAACUGCUGCCUUAUCUCCAACAGUAUCUGAGCUGCUUUAUGCUGUGCUGAGUGUAGUUCGUCAUUCCAGUUGCCCCUUGGAUCUGAGAAUCAACUGUGGUCAGCUGUUAGUUGUAAUUCAUUGCAUUUUAUCUCAGGGAAUGCUUGGUCAGCUUGUGCAACAUGUAAUGACUGGAGAGAAGCCAUACAAUGAUCUUACAAGUGUGGCACAGUUGGCUCUCAUUAAUGGCAUCUUGUGUGUUACGCCUAGCAAAGAGCUUUAUAUUACAAAUGAUGAGACCUUCCUUGGUGUUCAAGUGCUUCAAGCAGUUCUUACUCCUGUCUUACAUUCUAAUGAUGGCAGUAUUGCUGUUAGUACAAUAAGAGUUAUUUAUCAAUGGACCCUGCGCACUCUAGAAGCUUUACAAUUUCCUUAUUCAGUGAAAGAAUUGAAAAGAGUAUUAAAGUUUAGCUCACCUCUUGUGUCAAGUCUUUUGGACUACUUCUGGUUAGCAUGGGAUCAUUUUCUGGAUAGUGUCAAGCAUACAACAAAGGAAUGUUUUAUGAAUUUAGUAAAAAUACUUCAGUUUAUUGACUUAGAAAAUAGCAAGCUUUAUUUUUUAAAUGUUUGCAAGAUGUUUCUAAAUCAGCUGAGUUCAAGGAAAUAUAGAUGCAGUGCUGUAAGCUGUAUGGUGCCUGUGGUUGGAACCCAAACUCUCCUGAAGCUCUAUCCAAAUUUGCUGCAUGAGCUUCUAAAUUACAUGAAGGAUCCAGCCAUGGCGAGCCAUGCAGCAGAAUUGCUGGAGGCUCUUUUUACACAGCAUGAAAAGGAAGUUUUGCCAGAGGAUUGGCAAAGUAUAUGGCUUAACAUUUUUAUUGACUCAUUUUCAAAAGAAAUGCAAACAUUUGGAUAUGAAUUAUUGUUUAAGAAACUGCUUGCCACUUCACCAGAGAGUCUAGAUAAUGCUGUAGCAAGACUCGUUCAGUGCUCAGAAAACCCUGUAAGUGAAAAGCUGUGUCUCCUGAUCAUGUGUGUAAAAAUAGGCAGAUGUUCACCACACUGGCUAAAAAAUAAUCAUAGCAAGUAUAAUGGGAAUGACAGUAGCCUGUGGAAAUGUGUUUUGCCAAAUAGAAUCAUUGAGCUCUGUCUCUCACACAAGGAGGAGUCGGUUCAAACAGCAGCAUUUAGUCUCCUUUGUGAAAGCCCCAGAUCUACAGAACUGCCUGAAAAGUAUGAGCACCAUCUUAUCAUAGACUAUUUUACUUAUAGCAUAACAACUCAGAGCCCUUCAUAUAGGCAACAUAUGGUGAAAAGUACAAAGAAAUUGCUUCUGAGAAUCAAAGAGGGUUCAGUAGCUAUGAUUAAACUAAGAAAAAGCCAAGACAUACACUCAGUUGAUGCAGUCAUCAAUGAGCAAAGAUUAUUCUGCACAAAACUGUUUACAAUGAUGGUGGAGAAUAUUAACUGUGGAGCAAACAAUGCCCGUAGAGGCACAGCUCUGCUCAUCUUGCAGCUCUUUCAUGAAAUUAUUCUAGGAAACUGUGGAGAUAUUCUUGGUUUAACUCACCUUUGUCAUGAUCAUGUAUACAUUGAUACACUUUUAUGGGUGUUGAAUGACUCAUUUGAAACCAACAAAAGCAUUGCUCUUAGGCUUUUAUUUUCUGUUUCUGAAGACAAUUGGGAAAGCAUAUAUAGUGUCAAAUUGUUCUCUCUUUUAAGAGCAGCCUCAAGCCUUGCUUCAUCAUGUAAACCUCCAGAGUCUUUAUCAGCAGCUUACCUUUUCAAAUUUUUGUCUAAACAGUCAGAAGCAGUAAAGAUGAUUGAAGAUAGGCUGCCACAAGGAAUUAAUCCACAGAGCUCAAGAGAGAUCCUGUGUAUAUACAUAAUGGAGUCUCUUGAAAAAGAAGUAAAAUCUGCACAUGAAAGUUUAUUAAUGGCUGCUGCAUCAGGUCCCAUGUAUGGCAACCUAUUGUGCUUAAAAGUUCUGCUCUCUGAUAUAACAGAACCAGAACUGAUCAACUCUCUUGAUUUUUGGAUUCAACUGGUACAGAGAGUGUUGAAAAUCUGUUACACAGUUUCUGAAUUAGUAGCCCCAGUGGUUAGGAAUUCUUCUCCAGAAGGUCAUUUGCCAAUGGAUCUCAAUCCUGAGAGCUUAGCAGCUUUGAGUGCUACUUUACAAGCAUCUCUUGGAAAUCAGCAGUUGCAAGGUGAUAUAAUGCUUUCACAAGACUCAAAAUGUGAUGAGUUAGUGAAGGCUCAAGCUGUUAGUGCACAAAUGUUGCUGUUAUGUGCUUGGCGUUGCAUAAAGGAAGUCUCAUUGAUAUUAGGAGAUCUAAUACAACAACUGCCUCUCUUUCCUAGUGCCCAUGCUGUGCUUACAAUUGAGAAUGUUAUUGCUAUAGGUCAAUAUUUUCUAACACAGUUAUCGGAAACAAAACACAGAGGAGCUUUUGAGCAAUCAUACAUUGGGUUUAGUAGAGUAUGUGAACGAUUAUGGCAAUGUGAGGAAGAACAAUUAAGGAAACUGCCAGAAAUGUGGCUUAGAGAAGUAUUAACUUCAAUACAAGAUAAUGAUGACACACGACUUUGUGCCACUCGGCGCAGUGCUGGUGUGCCCUUCAUUGUACAGGCUGUGCUGUCAUCUGAGCCAAGUGUUAGGGGAGCAGUGUGUCUAAAGAAUACUAUGAAAAUCUUGCUUCAUUUGGCAGAAGAAUCUCAGUAUGAUGGGACUGAUUCCAGGAUUCAUGCAUUCAAUAUUCUGAGAGCAAUUUAUCGGGAUACAAGAUUAGGAGAUCGUGUAAUACCAUAUGUUUCUACUGGAGUUAAAGCUGCAAUAAGAGGAUACAAAAGCACUUCUUGGGCAGAGCGUAAUUCAGCAGCUCUCUUGUUCUCAGCAUUAGUAACACGUAUGUUUGGUGUAAAGCAAACACAAGAUGAUCUGAACCGUAAAAAUGCCAUGUCUGCUUUAGUUUUCUUUAGGAGAUAUCCAGACCUCUUUGAGUUUUUAAAGGAUGAAUUAAAAAUUGGAGCUGCUGGCGUGAAGGAAAAAAAAUUUGUGCCAGCAUUAUUUCCUUCUCUGUUACUCUUAGCUCGAUUGUCACCAGCUCCUCUGGAGGGCCGUACUUCCACUGUUUCAUUGAGUUCAUUCACUCCAGCAGUGCUGCAGUGUGCUGCGUCUUCUGUACUACAACUGCGUGAUCUUGCAUCUCAUGCCAUUAUUACCCUUGUCCCUCCCAGUCACCUCCAUCAAGUUGUAAACCAACUUUGCAAGGAAGCUUGCCUCAUGGAUCAAAACAAGCUCCAUGGGAUCUUGCUCUGUCUUUUGAAGUUAUUGAAAAGUUACAGUAGUAACAUCUCUUCUGCUGAAAAGAAUUCUGUUAUGAUGAACAUAAGUGUAAUAUCAUGGGCAGCAACAGAAAGUAAUCCAUGUUUAGUGACACGUGGGAGUGCUCUAGAACUCUUUACAUUCCUAUUCACUAGGUGUUUAAUACCAAAGACGUCACUUGUAUUAAAGUCUAUUUGUUUGGCAUCUUUUUCUCUAGUUUCAUCAGAUGAUCUGGUGUCAGCCACCAUGCCAUGGUCAGCACUCUGUCAGAGGCAAGCAGCUCAGUUUCUCUUACAUUGGUGCCACUCUGAGAAAUCUGAAGCAAUUAAUAUCAUUAGUACCCUUAUAAGUAGCAAAUCUUACGAAGUUAGACUUUCUGCUUUAGAGCACAUAGCUAAUCAAAGUAAUCAUUCAGAGCUCAUUAUCAGGCAAUUGUUGGAAAGAAUGAGUGAUAUAGAAAUUCAUCCCGAGUGUCUUAUCCAAAUUUAUAAGAUUAUGAGUAAGACAGUUUGUCUUCAAGUUAAAAAUAAUGUCAUACAGAGAGAGUGUCUAACUCCUCUACUGCAGCACGUCACAUCCCAGACCAAAGAAGAGUCUCGUGUGGAAAUAAUACCAGCACUGCUACAAUUUGGCUCAACAAUAGUCAGUGUGCUGUUAUCCUUGAAACCAGUCGUUGACUUCAAACAUGCCUUAAACCAAUGGCUGGAGGCAGCUCUUAGUUAUUCAACAAGUGAACAUAGCAGUGAUUCUCGUUUGAUGGUUGCUGAAGGAAUAUCAAGCAUAAUGCCUUUCUUUUCUUCUCAUCCAAGUAUAUCAGAGGGUACCAUACUUGAAGUGUAUGAGUCAGUGGUAACACUACUGCAGGAUGAUUGUGAUGCAGUACGUAACAGUGUUGCAUAUGGUGUCCAAAAAUUGUUGGUAGACCAGCAGCACCAAUCACAGUGUUCUUUACAGUCUACAAGAAUCUUGUCCAAAGUCUGUGAUGUAAUUGGCAGUAUUGGAACACCUGAGGCUUUAACUUUGCUGGUGAAGCUUACACUGAAAGAUGACUUGCCACAGAGCUUUGGACUAACACAGGUACUGUAUGUGAAUUCUAGACAAAAUAUAAAAUUAUCUUUUAUAUUAUGAAUAAUCUGGUGGCAGAAUUUUGCCUCUGUGGAACAUGUUAA